UUUUUUUUUUCUACACUUGUAUAUAUAUAUUCUUCAUCAUGACAAAAGAACCUCUCAUACGACGUAUACCUAAUGCCAGCAAUAAAACCAAUAUUCGCGAGCCAUCAUCUUCCGAUGCAUUUAUAGAACAAAAAGCAACUGGGUUAUUUGAACAAGCCAAGUUACGAGAACAGCAAUUAAAACAACAAUCCGUCAGUACAGCACAAUAUAUAUGGCAAGCCAUCUUUUUAUCUAUACCAUUUGGACUAUUAUUAGCUGCAUUUGAUGUCACGGUCAAGGUUCAAUUUGAUGAACCAUGGGAUUAUUAUGGAUUAGGUUUACGUGCUAUCAAAGCAGCUCCAGCCUUAUGUCCCGUCAUUUAUUUGACCAAUAGACAUAAAGCGAAAAAAUGGACUCAAGUAUUGAUGACUCUGGGAUCUAUCACGGUGGGGGCCUUUUUAUUGUAUACGUUACAACAUUCUCCAUCUUUGGGACAAAUGCUUCGAGCACCUGGUUUGGCCACUAUUUGGGUAUACUUUAUUGUACAAUUGGAUUUGAUCCCUGCUGUCUUUUCCCUUGCCAUUGUGGCUGCCUAUUGGCAUUUUGGUUUACAUAGAAAAUGAUUGCAUUUUUUUUUCUUUUGCAUAUAAUAAAAAAGUUACA